AUGAUGUUUUCCGGCUGCAAUCUCCACUACGUGCUCAAGUCGCAGGACGUUGAAGAGUUUCUUCUCCAGAAUGGCUUCGACGACAUUGAGAACAUCCACGUCUCUGUCGACCCCGUCAGCGCUCGCAACCCGGGCUACUGCUUCGUGGACUUUGCCGAGCGGGCCACGGCUGAGCGAGCUCUGACUGAUCUCAGGGCAAGUCUCCGCGGCCGCGAGGUCAAGGUCGGUCCAUGUGAGCCUAGGAAGAAGCGCAAUGGAGACGGCCGGUCCAACUUCCAGCGCCCGGGCGACUGGAGAUCCGCCUCUGGCGACGAUGGCCAGCAGUUCCAGAGCGAGCCCAGGGAGCAGAGGCCCCGAGGGGGCUUCACUCGCUCCGACGAGGUGGCCGACGAGUCUCAGGGAAAGCGGCUGUACGUCGGAGGACUGGCCAAGAACCUGGACCAGGAGCAGAACAACCAGGAGGUGAUGGACAUUUUCACCGGAUUCAACCCCUCAUACAUUGGCAAGCGCAUCACGCCCCACGAGAGCUCCCGCAGCCCGGCUGGAACCUACUACUACUGCUUCGUGGACUUUGAGACCCAGGAAGAGGCCCAAGCCGCCAUGCAGGCCCUGGAUGGUGCCCAGUACGACGGCGGCGUGCUCAAGGUCUCCCUGGCCAAGAGGACGGACAGACAGUCGGCCCGCCCCAACGCGACGUCUGAUCGCAACGGCGGCCAGGGACGCGGAUGGCGAUCAUCCAACAGCCCACGAACCGAGGGCGGAGCACCGCCGCCGGCCAGAGCCAUGGGAUCCAACAACUGGCGCAAGAGGGACGCCGAGUAG